GCGCCAUUCGGUCAUAAAGCGGAAGUGAGUUUGUCACCUGACUUAAACAUAUGAUCCGCAGACUCCGCAAAAAGACAAACCAGCUCGGUUUUUAAUUGAUUACAUUUAGUAUACUCUACACUGUGCUCUAUGGCUGGACGAGGAAAAUUAAUCGCGGUCAUCGGCGAUGAAGACACCUGUACCGGCUUCCUGCUUGGAGGAAUCGGAGAGCUGAACAAAAAUCGCAAACCCAAUUUCUUGGUGGUGGAGAAGGACACCAGUAUCACUGAGAUAGAGGAGACAUUUAAAAGUUUCUUGGCUCGCAAUGAUAUUGGUAUCAUCCUUAUCAACCAAUUCAUUGCUGAGAUGAUCCGGCAUGCAAUAGACGCUCAUAUGCAGUCCAUCCCUGCUGUGCUGGAGAUUCCUUCUAAAGAGCAUCCUUACGACGCCUCUAAAGACUCAAUUCUGCGCAGGGCUAAGGGCAUGUUUUCUGCAGAAGAUUUCCGAUAAGUGCCGUUGCGCCAAUAAGCUGUGAAACAUUAAAUGCUUUUGGAAAUGUUUAUGUGGAUUUUGUUCAGUGUAGUUACUUAUAAAUAACUGAAAAUAGGUUCAUGUUAAUUUGUGAUUUCCAAUAACAACAAAUGUGUUGUAUUUAAAAAAUGGUGUGUAUAAGUCUUGUGAACAUGAAGGGACUUUUCCAUGUAAAAUAAAACUUUAAAAAAAUA